AUGGACGUGGUGGAGCUGUUCAGGGUAGAUAGCCACCAAGAGGAGGUUACUUUGAUGCGAAAUUUCUCCCUCAUCACCGGUCUCUGUGCCGCUGUCGCAUCGAUAAUACCCCAGUCUAUCUUACAGUAUCGGGAAUUAAUCGCGAGGCUAUGUCUGAACUCAUCUCGAGAAAUGCUGAAGAUUAUUGAGGACUUUGACGUGGAACAUCCAAAUUCUACGUCAAUAUCCACCCGGAUAUUUCACACUAUCGCUUUACAGAACAUUACUGGUACAGCACAGUUGGCCCGUUAUGUUCUCGGUCAAGCAGCUCUAAUAGCACUAAAUAUGCGUCUAUACAGCGAGGACACCCUCAAGAGCCAUGAUGCCCUUGAGGCCCAACUACUGCGCCAUUCCUACUGGCAAAUGUAUGCAGCAGAUCAGGCAUCUGCAUGUCUGCGCAACCGCCCGUUUCAACUCCAUGAUCUGCUGUACGACGAAGAGCCAACGAUUUGUCCUCCGACGGCGGAGCUUUUGAUUUCUCAGGUUGACAUGAGCAAAACGUCUUAUGACGAAGGAAUGGAAAGGCGUCUGCUCAUAGGUUUCUAUUUUCUUCCGCGCCUUUGGUCAUCGGCAGCGAGUCUCAUUUCUGAAUUAAAGAUUCAUGGAAAAGGGAACCGAAAUGUCGAAAAGGCACGGCUGACCCAUUAUUACAUGGAAUUUCUCGGUAUCAUGGACGAUCUUCCUACCUGGUUGCAGGCUUCGAACAUAAUAAUCUCCUCUGACGACGGAAAUGUUGUUCAAUUCCAGAAGACAGCUUUCUGGGUUCAGAGAUGUACAAUUCUAGUAAUAUUCCAGUGCUUACGAUUGCUUAUUCUACAGCAAUGCAUCGAAAGCAAGCUAUGUGAUGUUAUGGGAUUGAAUGAUCAGCCUCUGACAUUGGAGAUGACAAAGAUUGGGAUGGUUCACGACUUUGUGCAGACUUUGGAGGAUAUUCCGUUUGUUUAUUUGCAAGUCAAAGGAGAGCCGACCGUGAGUUUACCAAGAACCGCUUCUAUCACUUAA